GAAAGACCUUGAGCAGUUUAAACUAGUCAACAAUGACACGGUCCCUCGAUAUCUAAAAAAGAAUAAUAAAUAACCGUAAAUGAGUAAGAACGAUUUCGGCGAAUUAUAUGAAGCAACGUCAAAGCACAUAAAGCAGUUGAUUAUACUUGCGAAUUCGAAAAAAUAUGCUACGGCAGAAUUCGAUGAAUCAUUAAAAUCAUUUGUGAAUAGUUUCAGCCCUGAAGACGCACCAGCAAAUAUAACAGAGUAUCGUACAAAGGUUGCGGUAGAUAUAUUGUCAAGGUUAUCAGUUUUUGACAACCUUAUAUCUAUUUAUCGUGAACUAGGAAGAAUGGCUAUUCCAUUAAGUUAUUCUACAUUCAAUCCACUCCCUUGUGAAAAAUGGGUCCUCAAGCUGAUGGAUUUUCAACAAUCAUUGACUAAUUAUAUGGUCGUCAGCAUAAGCUUCACACAGAAACUGAUCAAAUCUGAUAUAUAUUUGACGGAAGUACGGCGUAUCUUACAUAUCAUGAGUACUAUGAAAAUGUCUGAGGCUGUACUUUCACUAACAACUCUAAUUAUUUGUUCACUAAAUACUUCAUUGGCGUAUGAAUAUAGUUGCCUAACAAAAGUACUUAGAGAUUAUGGUCUACGUAAUAUUUUAACGUGCUAUACUUGCCCUGAUCCAACAAUUAAAUUGGCCAUAAACAUUUUUUUAACGUUUACUUACACUGAUAUCAGUCAACUUCAUCUAAAAGUAGAAUAUAUUGAAUUGUUCAUGCAACAGUUCCAUUAUACUGUUAUUGGAGGAAGAAAAAGUCAUUUCUUUGAUGCCUCUAUUCUCAAUAAAGUGCUCCGUCUUUUGGCUCUAAACGCUGAAAACAGAAUUGAAUUUGGCAAUCGUGAUAUUGUACGUCACUUAACAUCCUUAUCUGAUUCUCAGUCAUACGGCACAAAUGAAAUAUCAACUACUACACAUAUUUUAUCAUCAAAAGUUCCAGUUAUUGAUGCUACCCAAGAAAUAUUGUCACUAGCUGAAGCAUAUCGCAGCAACAUAACUGAAUUGGAAGAAAAAGUUCGAACAUAUUUUGAAGGUGCUAGUAUUGAUGAAUUCUUACUUCAGUAUCCAACUGAACCUGAUAUCGGUGAUGACCAAAGUGAAGAUAAACCAUCUAUCGUGGUAGAAGAAGGAAAUCCCUACCAUCUGGAUGGUCAUAUUAUGAUAAGCUACAGUCAUAACGAUGACAAAAUAGCACUUAAAAUUAAAGAAAGCUUGGAAAAUGAAGAAAUCAAGAUUUGGAUUGACAAAGAUCACAUGGUUCAAGAUGUUAAGAUUUUAGAUGCAAUGGCAAACGCUGUGCAAAAUGCUGCAAUUGUAUUAAUACUUUUUUCUAAAUCAUACCAACAAAGUGCAAAUACUAGAGCAGAUUAUUGUAAGGAGUAAAUGCGUUUAUCAUAGUUAUUUCGUGCAAAUAAUAUUGUCCAUGAUGUGAUUUCAUUCUUGUGCAAAUCGAUCAUCAUCACCAUCAGCUGCAUGUUUAUGGAUUCCGAUAUACAUCGACGUUCCAUAGUGAUGCAAGCCUAGGUGUCGUGUAGAUUAUCAGUGUUGUUUCAUCGGAAAGAGUCUCUCUUACAGUGAAUAGUGUCCAAAUGUACGUGGUUUUAUUGCUGGUGCUCUCGUAUGUAACCUACAUUUUGAAAGAUUCGCAAACUUAGAGGAUUGAGUGUGAAUCCUUCAGUCCUGCAUAUUUCCCAUUGUACCAACAAUGCACAGAUAUAUAAUUCGAAACUAAAGUCAAUAGUGAUUUCCAUAUUUCUAACAUUAUCAUACUUUUCCACUUCUAACUUUUUUGUGAGUGAUUAGAUCCAAUAUAUGUUUCAAGACAACAGCUCGAACAAAUGUCCAUACAGUUUCAUGCAAGAAUUUCAUAGGAUAUUUAUAGAAUAUAUAAGAUUAUCUAACUAAAAAAUUGUCUGAUCCGUUUGUGAAUUUCACCAUCAUUGAUUGCUUGAAGGAGGCGCUGCGAAAAUGUACUGAUCAUUAGACAUGUAGACCCAGUUCGUUGGAAAUCGAUUCUCCUAACUCUCCUAAUUUGAUAGGAAACACAGGAUCUAUUGUGCCAGUUUACUUGAAACUAGUUGACACACUUUCGAACUGUUUGCUUUGAAAAUGGAUAUAGAGUUCUGUCUUUUGUGUGUGCCAGAUCAAUGUUCACUAUGGUUCACAACUAAACUUUGAAUGACAUUUCAGCACAGUCCUUUAAGCCGUAGCUUUGCACCUUAUUUGGUGCUGCUACAGUAUCGUGGGUGGUGUCUGUCAGCUUCUGCGUCAGCAAUCCAUGAAAUAUCAAACUAGAGGCAGUCGAUAAAUUGAGCUGAAUUAACCAAUAAUGGUUGUUGAUUUCUACAUGAAACUGGCUUUGUUAAAAAUUGACGUCAUCACCCAAGUCGUAGACUAUGAAGUGGAAUUCCCUUCUUCGUAUCUGAAAAGUGUUGUCAGCUGAUUAAAAUCUGUCAGAAGCGUGAAGAUACUACUGGAAAGCAUUUAUGACCACUUAUUGCAUAAUAUUUUGACCAGAUAUGAGCGAAUAGUCGUAGCACAUGGUAAACUAUCAGUGUUAUUUUAAUAUUAUACCACACUUCAUUUUAAAGAAGCUGAAUACACUCGAAAACUGACUAAACCAACUAUUUUUCUUCGUGUUGAGUCGAAGUUUGUUCCAAGUGGUUGGCUGGGCUUCAUGAUAGGCGAGAGCCGUUAUAUUGACUUCUCCGGGAAAUAUCCAUAUGAGGAAAAAUUUGAAGAAUUAUGCACCACAAUUGUGAGUUUGAAAGAUUUGGAAUGGUAGAACUGUAUUUUCAUUGUCUCAUGUUUUUUAUCUCUACUUUUGUUUAGUCUGGUGAUUUCCCAAACAACACUAAGAGUGGGGUUAGGAACUAUCAUUUUACCUAUGACCCGUCUGCUAAGGUAAAGGAAAAAACUGGAUGAUCAUUUAUCGCAAAGUUUUCAAUCGAAAAUUCUUCCACUCGCUACCUGUAUUCUUAAACAUUUUCAUUUUGUUUGUUGGGUGUUACCUGUAAAUCAAGUCAUUGUUUAGCUGGUGAAAUAUUCGUGUCAGUAAGAGAUUUAGAACAUUCAGUGCCAACAUCUGUGAUUCUAAUGAACUGUAUAUUGGUGCACGCCUUCAAAAAACAGAUUUCACUGGUCGAAACUCUUGAAUUUCAUGAAAUAUACGUAUGCAUUGUUUGUAGAGAAAAACAAAAGGGUCAACGUGUGGUUAUUUACUCGACCUCAUUCGCUCUAUGUGGUCUACCUAACCUCUUAUCAUGUGUGAACUUAGUAUAAUCUCUGAAGCAGUGGAUCACGCAUUUGAAUUCGAUUUUAUCCACUGAUCACUUAUGAACUGACUGAUUAGCUUACACUGCAAAAUUAGACAGGUGAAAUGUCCGUUGUUGAAAGUGUUUAGGCUCUGACCAUCUCUCGUCGAUUAAACAUUGGAUAAUAGCUAUCUGAGCUCCCACACACAGUCAAAUGUUCAUAAAUGGUGCUCGUAGUGGAGAGGGCAGUAUUGAAGUAGAUAGACUAAGCUUUGUAUGAAAAAACUUAGUUGACCCUUUCUGAAUUCUCAUUUCAGUAAGUAAACGGUAGUAACGUUUUGCUGUAGUUAUGUUUUGGUAAUCGAGAUGGAAGCAGCUUCAUGUAACAGAAGGCAGUCACCUAGAUUAAUUGGGUAACCUAAACUUGGGAGGUCACUGACUAUUAGGACUAUCAUGAAAACAUGUGAGUCAGUGAUUAAAUUGACUAGCCUACAUUUGCGUAGUACUCGCUGGGACUUUUAAAAUACAUGUUGAAACGUAACUUCAAAGUUGCAGGUGUAUUGACGAACCCUUCACCUUUAAUCAGGUGGUAACUGGAGAAAAAUGUUUGACCUAAUGGUAAUACUUGACUGUUGAUCAGUAAGAUUAGUUAUAGUGUCUGUUAGUGUAAAGAUCACAAACAAUUCACAUUACAUUACCGAACUGUGUAUAUUUAAGCAAUAGUACUUUGAAACUAGUUUACCUCUAUGCCUAGAGUGACACUAUUAACUGAAGCAAUAAGGAGCCUUUACCAGGAGCAUUUACUUUGAUACUCUUAUUAGCUCAGUCGUAUAUGUAUACUUAUUCCAGUUAGGAACAUCACUCCCAUUCGGAAGAAGUUCGGCUUUGUAAUUAAAUAUCCAGUUAAUUUUGUAAUACAUACUUGAAUAUAAUCAUGAAUUUGUAUACACGCAUAUUGUUUAUCUUCGUUACUGUAGCACAAUGUUAGUCGUGGAUCGAUCACUGUAAAGCCUAAGAAACCAAAGUAUGUUGUUCGUAUAUUGACUAGUUGAUAUUUUUGGUUGCUUGUUUAGUUUCCUUUUGAAUUCUAGUUGAAAUUCCAUAAAUUUAAGUAAAUGUUUGAAAGUGAAAUUGUUAUCCCAGUAAGAAUAUGAAAUAUCAGUUCAUUCUGUGUUCUAUCCAGGUUAGCUAAUCUCAAAGUUGCAUCGUACUCGAUUAAACGAACAAUUUUAUAUUACACGAUUACACACUAGAUAUUAUCGUUACGACUGAAGGAGACCAGAAUAAAAUGCAAUGUUUUAUUUGUAAACAUUGUUAGUGUGUUUUAGAUGAGGAGCUAACUAUCAUAAUCUCUGGUUGUUUCUCGAGAAAACUUGUCCACUUGUGCAUAAAACCCCAUCAAUAUUUAUGAGAUACAGAUACACAAGAGAUCAAAACUUCCGGAGUCGGUUGCCAUCUGAACCGCAACCAUAGUCGACUAAGUAAAGCGCCUAAAGUAUAUUUUUGAGUAAUAAGCAUCUGUAUGUGGUAUAUUUAGCCUGUUCCACUAUUAUGGAAUCUGAUUAGGUUUUUGGUAAUGAAAUUCAGUUGCAAUUAAACUGUAAAAUGUAUUUUGUUGAUUGUUUCCAAUUCACAUCUAGUGGGAAAAAAGUGUUGUGAAUAUUUUAUGUGUUUGUGUAUUUACAAUUUCUGUAGUUUGUCAGAGCAGUAGUUUUGACUUCCUAUACUUACAUUGAUUGACGUACGAAAAUAUUUGAAUUGAUAACUUCUCUACUUUGUCACUACACCUCAUCUAAAUAAACCCAUUCUUUUUAUUUUAUUUUCUUCCAGAAAAACGGGAGAAUAUUCAUGCGUUUCAAUGUGAAAGAAUAGAAAUUCGAAAACUAUUGAGUUCAAUUUGAAAACCUACCUUGCUCAGUUGGAAAUCCUUCUCCUUCAUAUAUUUUUAAAAAUCUAAUCCGUUUAUUUUUUAUAAAUGAUUUUCCAAUCAGUGAUCAGAAACUUUACUAACGCUUAUUUAACUAAUAUUUUCUAUCACAUUGAAAUAUGAUAAUAUUAUGUAUUCUAUGCGCCAUUUAA